CCGCGGCGCAUUGUGGGAUCUGGGCGCUGGCUGCGAGGUGGAGGACGCGGCUGUUGAUGAUGGGGUUGCAGCCGGUGAGACCCUCGCUCCGUAUCCCGCACCAGGGGACUCCGCCCCUUAUAGUUCCCGGCACUCAGAGCCCAGUCCUGCUGGCCUCCCUGGGGGUGGGGCUGCUGACUCUGCUCGGCCUGGCUCUGGGCUCCUACCUGGUGCGGAGGUCCCGCCGGCCGCGGAUCACGCUCCUGGACCCCAAUGAGAAGUACCUGCUGCGACUGCUAGACAAGACAACCGUGAACCACAACACCAAGAGGUUCCGCUUUGCCCUGCCGACCGCCCACCACGUUCUGGGGCUGCCUGUGGGCAAACAUGUCUACCUCUCUGCCCGGAUCGAUGGCAGCCUGGUCAUCAGGCCGUACACUCCCAUCACCAGCGAUGAGGACCAAGGCUAUGUGGAUCUUGUCAUCAAGGUCUACCUGAAGGGUGUGCACCCCAGAUUUCCUGAGGGGGGAAAGAUGUCUCAGUACCUGGAUAGCCUGAAGACUGGGGACGUGGUGGAGUUUCGGGGGCCAAGUGGGUUGCUCACUUACGCUGGGAAAGGGAUGUUUAGCAUUCAGCCCAACAAAAAGUCUCCACCAGAACCGAGAGUGGCCAGGAAACUGGGAAUGAUUGCCGGCGGCACAGGAAUCACCCCAAUGCUGCAGCUGAUCCAGGCUAUCCUGAAAGACCCAGAAGAUCCAACCCAGUGCUUUCUGCUUUUUGCCAACCAGACUGAAAAGGACAUAAUCUUACGGGAGGACUUGGAGGAGCUGCAGGCCCGACAUCCCAGCCACUUUAAGCUCUGGUUCACUCUGGAUCACCCCCCAGAAGAUUGGGCCUACAGCAAGGGCUUCGUGUCUGCCAACAUGAUCCAGGAGCACCUGCCCGCCCCAGGGGACGAUAUGCUGCUGCUGCUCUGUGGGCCGCCCCCGAUGGUGCAGCUGGCCUGCCACCCCAACCUGGACAAGCUGGGCUACUCGCAAAAGAUGCGAUUUACCUACUGAGCAUCCCCUCACUUCCCUGGUCCCGCUGCCGCCAUUUGCCCCAAGUCGGCCCUCAAAUGCUAUAAGCCCUAGAUGCCCUUCCCAACAGUGUCAGCCUUUUUGUCUUUCUCCGGAGCUGGAAUCUGGAUGGUCCCUGCGGGAACAACAUCCUUCUAGCCGUGGAAGAGGGCCCAAGCCGAGUCACUCCCUGGAAGGCUCCCCAGUCUCCCUGUGAUGAAACAUCCGGGUCACGCUCAAGGAGCGGACUCUUCCACAGGUCAGAAAGCAGGGAGCAUAUACACUUGUUCCAGGACUGGCCGGUUCCUUGAUGGCAUCACACCCUUCUUUGUGUCUGUGGUUAAAGAACAACCUGUUUAAUGGGUUUGAUUUAAUAUUUGGUGCUUAACCCAUAGCAGACUGUGUGUGCGGUGGGGGGGGUGCAGACUUAGAAAGCUAAUCUUUUAGAGGCAACAGGAGAGGAGGAGAUGGUUUCUUCAGACCUCAGAGAAAGGAAUCUGAAAUACGUGUUCGUGUGUCUGUCUCCCUCUGGCCCUGCCGAGGCUGGAGGGAAAGGGCUCCCCGUGAUCUAAGACUGUUACUGUGGCAGAAACCUCUGGCUUAUGCAAAUAAAUGGGGCUAAGGCCCUUGUGUUCUACCGAA